UUUUUGCCCUUUUCUAUCAAUCUCCGCCUAUAUUCCCUUCCCAUUACUCCCAAAAAUGCAACUUUCUGGCAACACAAUCGGAGCAUAUAAAAGAAAGGUGGAACAUCGUAGUCGACUACAGAAUCGAAAGGAGGACGGACAACCCUUCCUCAUCCUACCAAAUUUAAACAAAAAACUCAAAUUCUCAAAGCGUUCGUUAGCUACUGCUUUGAUUAUGGCGAUCAAGAUUGGAGUUUUCAUCGGCGCUCUUGCUGUUCUUUUCUCGUUAGUUAAAGGUGAAACACAACCGGCGGAUAAAGAUGUGGUCGGCUGUGUCCAAGCUCUUAUAACAAUUCUUCAUAAACCACCACCUCCUCCAUCAACCUCAGGUGGUAAACCUCCUCUUCCUCCAAAAGAUGGGCAACCUCCUCCACCUCCAAAUGGUCAACAUCCACCACCUCCACCACUUCCACAAGAAUGCAUUAAAUGCGGUGAAAAAUGUGGAAUUAAACCUCCAACUGAUGCUACCAAAACUAACGUAAACAAAUAUUAAAUUAUAAUCAGAAAAAUAUUAAUUAUUGUUCUUUUCACAGCCACCCAAAUGACGAGGUGAGAAAUUCGAAGGCAACAAGUAAAGAAAACGCCUGUAAAAAGAUCGAAACGUAGAAAAGCACACAAACAUGUAAAAACAUACUUCUUGUACAUUCCAAAUAGGGAUUUGGGUUGUUACCUGAGAUUCGAGGAUUUUCCCGCAGAUAAUCGCAAGGAUUAGAAAGGAGAACAAUUUAUAGGGAUAAAAGCUUAAAAAUUUU